UUCACUGUUUCUUCUCCCCUUUCAUCACAUUCCCUUGACAAUUUCAUUGGAAACUUCACAAGGAGUGUCUGUUUCAUCCCUCUAAUAGAUCAGGAUAUGAGUAUGCAUUUUUUGGAAAAGAGCAAGAUGUUAAGAAGCUUGUUUCUUGUUUUCUUGUUGAUCAAUUCAACAUUUGCCCAGAAACCAGCACUUACAAAUCUACCUACAGCUUCACAAAUUCCAGCCCCAGCCAAAAAUUGGACAACACUAAGCGGAAACGAGCCACUAGUAAUAGCCCGUGGCGGGUUCACGGGUCUCUUCCCAGAAGGCAGCCCAGAAGCAAUUGGCAUAUCAAAAGAUAUUAGCAUUUUCCUGUGCAAUCUUCAGUGGACAAAAGAUUCUGGGGCCUUUUGUGUGACAGGUAUUAAACUUGACAAUGCAACAAACAUAGCAAUGUUUGAUCCAAAAGAGAAAACCUACAAUAUCAACGGGAAGGAUGUGCAAGGACACUUUGCGGUGGAUUACACUGGGGCUCAGAUUGACCACAAUGUGUCAAUGAAUCAAGCCAUUUAUUCUCGGCCUAGUUUUUAUGAUGGCAUGUCCCCAGUACUGAAUGUUGAUGCACUACUAAGUGGCAAAUCUCCACCAAGGUUUUGGUUGAAUGUUCAGUAUGAAGCAUUCUACAACCAACGCGGAAUAAAGUUAGUUGACAAUGUUCAAGAACUAUUGAGACUUUAUAAGAUUGACUUUGUAUCAUCUCCAGAGAUUGGUUUCUUAAAGACCAUCAAUGGGAAAGUGAAAAAGGGAACCAAGGUUGUCUUUCAGCUUCUUAACGCUGACGAUGUUGAACCGACAACCAAGCAACCGUAUAGUACCAUCGUGAAGGAUCUCACGAAAAUCAAGUCGUAUGCAUCAGGCAUUGUGGUACCAAAACAAUACAUAUGGCCAGUCAAACCAGAUAAAUACCUAGGACCUCCCACAACACUAGUAUAUGAUGCUCACAAACAAGGACUAGAAGUGUAUGCUUCAGGUUUUGCAAAUGAUUACUUUUCAAGUUAUAAUUAUAACUAUGAUCCUUCAGCUGAGUACCUACAAUUUAUAGAGAAAGGGGAAUCUGUUGAUGGUAUUGUUACCGAUUUCGCUCCAACAGCAUUCAACGCCAUAGCAUGCUUUGUACAGAACAAUACCCUUCCUAGAAAAGGACAAGCUUUGAUCAUAAGCAAUAAUGGAGCAAGUGGUGUUUAUCCGGGUUCCACUGAUCUUGCAUAUCAGCAAGCAAUAGAUGAUGGGGCUGACAUUAUAGAUUGCUCAGUUCAAAUGACAAAAGAUGGAAUUGCAUUCUGCUCAAACUCCAUAGACCUAAUUGGAGAUACCAACGCAAUGACUAUAUUCAUGUCUCGAAGUUCCAAUAUUCCUGAACUUCAACCAAAAGUUGGAAUUUUCUCCUUUGACCUCACAUGGAAUGAGAUCCAGACCUUGCAACCUCAAAUUGUUAGCCCUCAAGGCCAGGACUUCCAGAGAAAUCCUGCAAAAAAGAACAGUGGUAAAUUUGUAACCCUCCUUGACUUUUUGGAGUUGGCCAAGGAAAAGGCAGUUACUGGCAUUUUGGUUGACAUAAAGAAUGCAGCUUACCUCGCAUCGAAGAAAGGCCUUGACAUUGUUGGUAUUGUAAGCACUGCCUUAAGCAACGCCACCUUCGACAAGCAAGUCACACAACAAGUCUUCAUCCAAUCCGAUGAUACCUCGGUGCUCUCCAAGUAUAAAGGUAUCCGAUCAUACAAAAGGGUGCUGGUAGUCGAAAACAAAAUAGGUGACACACCUAAGCUGACUGUGGAUGAAAUUAAGAAGUUUGCAGAAGCAGUGAAUCUUCUAAAAUCCUCAGUUAUUAAAGCAUCUGGUUCCAUGUUAACUAAUAUGACAAAAAUUGUUAAAGAGUUGAAAGAUGCUAACCUCACAGUAUUUGUGCAUACUCUUAGAAAUGAGUUCAUAUCUCUGGCUUUUGAUUACUGGUCAGACCCUAAUGUGGAGAUUGCUACUUACAUCCAUUCUGCCAAGGUUGAUGGAAUAGUGACUGAUUUUCCAGCCACUGCUAGUAGAUAUUUCAGAAGCCAAUGUAGAGAUCCCAAAAGUGUACCUGCAAUCUUACCAGCUAAGCCAGGUGAAUUACAAAGUACAGUUCCGCUCGAAUUACUGCCACCAGCAGAAGCACCACUUCCACCUCUUGAGGCUGGAAACGUUGUUGAUCCACCUCUUCCUGCAGUGGCUGAUGUGAAUAGAACUAGUCCUGCUGCUACACCUGCACCACCCUCUCCUCCUUCAAGUGCUUGGACAAAUGCUGCUAAUUCUGGUCUCUCCUUUGUGGCAAUCGUUGUGUUUGCUACAUUUUGUGCUGGUCAUUGAUGCAAUUCAUAUCUUAUGCGAUAUGUGAAAAUAUCUGUUUGUAUUAUAGAGUUCAUUUUACAUUAACUAGUUCACAAGAGUGUUUUGUUAUUUUGUAUUGAGUAGAAUGUGAAUUAAUUCUACAGAGACUAGGGUGUCACCAAAU